GGUUUCCUGGCGACUCGGCUCUGCUAGUGGCUUUCCCCACAGUUUGUACUUUUCCUGACCAGUGGUUGCAGGCCAUGCCGUCUCUGCUCUCAACCCCCAAGCUGGCUCCCGUUCUAGCAAGGCUCCGCGGCCUCUCAGGAUGCAUGUCAUGUUUACAGCGAAGGUACUCCCUCCAGCCUGUGCCGGUAAAGAAGAUUCCAAACCGGUACUUAGGCCAGCCCAGCCCGGUUACACAUCCACACCUCCUCAGACCAGUGAAUGAUACCACUGUGUCUCUCAGUGAGGACUUCCUUUGGCUGCUUCUCCAUCAGGCUGGAAUUCCUGCUGGGAAGUCUGCUGACUCUCAGGAAAUGCAGCUCACCACUGAAACACACAAGCAAUCAGAGCUUUCAAAGCUGUAAGGGGAGGUGACACCAGGGCUAUCUCAGGUGGAAUAUGCACUUCGAAGACAUAAACUUAUGGCUCUGGUCCACAAAGAAGCACAAGGGCACAGUGGAACAGACCACACAGUGGUGGUACUCUCUAACCCUACGUACUAUAUGAGCAACGACAUCCCCUACACAUUCCAUCAAGACAACAACUUCCUGUAUCUCUGUGGAUUCCAAGAGCCUGAUAGCAUUCUGGUCCUUCAGAGCUUCUCUGGGAAGCAGUUACCAUCCCAUAAGGCCAUGCUUUUUGUUCCUCGGAGAGAUCCUGGCCGAGAAUUGUGGGAUGGCCCUCGAUCUGGCACAGAUGGAGCAAUAGCCUUAACCGGAGUGGAUGAAGCCUACCCGCUGGAAGAAUUUCAACACUUGCUACCAAAACUGAGAGCUGAGACGAACAUGGUUUGGUAUGACUGGAUGAAGCCUUCUCAUGCACAACUUCACGCUGACUACAUGCAGCCCCUAACUGAAGCCAAGGCCAGGAGCAAGAACAAGGUUCGGAGUGUCCAGCAGCUGAUACAGCGCCUAAGGCUGGUUAAGUCUCCUUCAGAGAUUAAGAGAAUGCAGAUUGCUGGGAAGCUGACAUCAGAGGCUUUCAUAGAGACCAUGUUUGCCAGUAAAGCUCCGAUAGAUGAAGCCUUUCUUUACGCGAAGGAUGGUGAAAUGGUACUUCUUGAUGGAGGCUGUGAGUCAUCCUGCUAUGUGAGUGACAUCACCAGGACAUGGCCUGUCAAUGGCAGAUUCACCGCCCCUCAGGCAGAGCUCUAUGAAGCUGUUCUGGAAAUCCAAAGAGCUUGUUUGACUCUGUGUUCCCCUGGGACGAGCUUGGAGAACAUCUACAGCAUGAUGCUGACACUGAUAGGACAGAAGCUCAAGGAUCUGGGCAUCACAAAGACCAGCAAGGAAAGCACCUUCAAGGCUGCUCGAAAAUACUGCCCUCAUCAUGUUGGACAUUACCUCGGGAUGGAUGUCCAUGACACUCCGGACAUGCCUCGGUCACUCCCUCUGCAGCCUGGAAUGGUGAUCACAGUUGAGCCAGGCAUUUAUAUCCCAGAGGACGACAGAGAUGCCCCAGAGAAGUUCCGAGGGCUCGGAGUUCGGAUUGAGGAUGAUGUAGUGGUGACUCAGGACUCACCUCUUAUCCUUUCUGCAGAUUGUCCCAAAGAGAUGAAUGACAUUGAACAGAUCUGCCGCAGGACCUCAUGACCACCACUGUGGCAUACAUGCAGCCCAGGUCCAAGACUGGCAUCCCUGCUAUGCAGGUAGACACAGCUUCCCUGGGAACUGCACAGCCUAGUGAGCGAGCGCAGCUUCCUGUUAAGAGGACGUAAGUCUGGAGACACACGUGGGUUCUGGAAUAAUCUGUUACUACAACUUUAGUGACAUUAAUUCAAGUUUAAAAUGUGAAUGUGAAGUAAGGGCUUGCUUAUAUGUCCCUGCAUUCCAGUUAACACAUUUCAACAGAAAACUCUCUUCAUCCCUUUCUGCACUUCUGAGAUCCACUUAACGUCCUAAGAUGCUUGUGUGAGGCCCACAUGUUUUACUUCUCACCAAAGUUUCCGCCUAUGCUAAAGGCUACCUGUCGGCGUUUGAGGUGGCCAAUACUUACUUGCCAUGGCCUCUGCCUCCUGGUCCAGGUUCUGCACAUGCACACCCACUGGGAUCUCUCGGGCCUCAGGAAACACAGAGGUCCUGCAGUGUUUCCAUUCAGCCAGAAUACAGCAACAGUCAGCCAACAAGAGUCUUGGAUCUUCCUUGCCAUUUGAUUGCACAGGACAUGGAAAGUGUCUAGGUUCUUCUUGGGAAGAAAAUGGAAGAGAAAGGAAAGUACGUGUCUCCACAGAUCCAGACCUUUAGCUCUGUUUUCUUCAAUUUAAAGGAGAUUUUUUUUUCAAAUGUCCACCUUCCUCUCUUUCACAAGUUAUUUUCUCAGACAAAAUGUCACUAUGUGCCUCAGGUCCUUCAUAGCUGCUGUGCUUUGUGACAGGAUCUUAUGUAGCCCAGGCUGGCCUCAAACUCAAUAUACAAUUAUUGCUGGCCUCAAAAUAUUGAUCUUCCUGCACUGCGCCCAGCUCACUUUGGGGGGAGGGGGGGGUAUGCUCGCAUGUGUAUGGUUGGUUGGUUGGUU